AUGAGUGAUGAAGAACUACAACAUUCAUUAAUAUCUCGAAUAAAUGAACAACCAAUAUAUGAAAUUCUUAAAUUUUUCAAUAGUUCAACAUGUUUUAAAUUCGAAAUUCUGGAAGAAUUUAUAAAAUUUAAAUAUAUCUAUCAUAGACUAUUAUAUGAUACAUUAUUUGUUAUUACAAACAACUUAAAAGAACAAACAAUUGUUUCAACAGCAAGCAAAAAUCUUGAUGGUGUAGCACUGAAUAUCAAUGAAACAAGAUUUAUUAUCAGUCCAUAUGCGAAUAGAAUGUUUAGUUUAUCAUAA